AUGAAGACCAUCUAUGAGAACAGGAUGUACAGCCUAAGAGUAGAAUGUGGACCAAGAUAUCCAGAAACGCCUCCUUUUGUUCGUUUUGUGACAAAGAUCAACUUAAAUGGAGUGCAUAACUCAAAUGGUGUGGUCGACAUGCGAGCUGUAUCCUCACUGGCCAAGUGGCAGAAUUCGUACAGCAUCCGUGUGGUUCUGCAGGAGCUGCGACGACUCAUGAUGUGCAAAGAGAACAUGAAGCUGCCGCAGCCUCCCGAAGGACAGAUCUACAGCAACUGAGCUCAGAGCUUCUCCAUCUUCUCUACCUUCAUCCAGAAAACAUUCACACACGCAAGGCUGAGCAUUCCUUCUCCUCCUCUUUCUGGACUGAUGAGAAUUCCUCUCUGUUCCUGACCACUCCCCAUGUGCUGCAGCAGCCAGUGAGCAGUCCUGCUUCAGGAGCUCCCAUUGGACAGAACCGAUGGAUGUAGUGGUGUGCACAGCAGAAUACUGUACAUCAUUCUAAU